ACCAAAAACCUUCGAAAACAUACCAAGAACAGUAUGGGUUCAGGAAAAACUAUUAACCGCCCAUCGGUGAAACACCCGAGUCACAAUCAUCCGUUGCGGGUCUUCAAAUCCCAAGAAGGAGAUGAGAUCAUUUGCUCUGGAUGCGAGCUUGACGUCACCGGAAAAGCUUACAAGUGUAUGAAGAAAGACUGCAAUUACUUUUUGCACAAGUCAUGUUUUGACCUACCUGGUGAAAUUAAUCACAAGUCUCAUCCUGAUCAUCCUUUAACUCUGCUUUAUUCCCCACCUUAUGGUCAGUCUUACGGGUGUACUGCGUGCGGUGAUUCUGGAUCCGGAUUCACUUACAACUGCUCUGAGUGCCAGUACGAUGUUCAUGUGGGAUGUGUUUUUAUCCCCGAGACCAUGGAGCGUGAAGAUCACGAACACCCACUCACUCUACUUUACAACACACCGUGCAAAGGUCGUGAGGAUGGUCUGAUAUUCAUAUGUGAUGUUUGUGAAGAAGAUAUGUCAGAGGAUCUUUGGGUCUAUUACUGCAAAAAAUGUGACUAUGGAACACAUGUGCAUUCUUGUGCGGUUUCUGAAGAUGAUAAGCCAAAGAAAGAUAGAGAAGAAGAAGGAGAACCAAGCUCCCCGGCUUCAAAAAUGAAGUCGCUGAUGAAAGCUAGGGAGGAGAUGGCAAUGAUGCAACUAGAGCUAGAUGCUAUGGACGCAGCAAAUAGUUAUGUCGAUUCAUGGGGGCCAAGGAGGAGAUAUUAUUGGUGA